GGUAAAAGUCCAGUGAUGAUCUGAUGUUUUGGCCGAAGACUGAUGGAUGACUACAUAUCUAUUAAACGGAAUGUUUGACCACGCUCCCACUCACUCAAAGUGGUUGGAGUCGUUUUGCUCACUUGGUCGCUUUCUUGUUACUGUAUAGACGAUUGUCGUCCUGUGUUGUAAAGAGACAUUGUGGAUUUAUUUUGUGUCAUCAACAGAUAUCGUUGGAAACUAUAACUGAUUCUGAUCAAAACUGGAUCUUAAGAACAAUUUUCUUGGAGGAUAAUUGAUUGUUUCUCUUACAAAACCAAACUAGCUCUGUGUUUUCAAUAUAUAUGAGGAUAUCUUUGAGUUAUCGGACAAUCGUUUCAAGCUUUCUUCAAGCUCGGCGCCUGAGAGAAACAUUUUGAAAAAAAAUAUCAUAGCGCUUUAUUUGAAACCAUAAUAUUACUAGGAUCAAACUCGGUGGAAUACCAGGCAAUCGGUUCUGGUUUUAAACAUUUGGAACGGGAAACGAGAUAUAAUUCAUUAUUAGAAACUUGUGGAUUUAGCUUUCAACAUUCUUGUUAUAAGUGGAUUAUUAUUCAAAAUUAUCCCCUGAAUUGUAUUGGGGUGUAAUAAGGAAGUUUAACUAUUCUUCAGCAACCUUAAUGUUGAUACGUAUCGGAUAAUUUAAUUAUUGGGAGUAUUGUGUUCAACCGAGGUUUACGGAGCUACCAUGGGGAUAAAUUACAUGACAACAGCAUUAUGGGUACUUGUGUUGCUAGGGUGUGUCCCAGUCUGUCUGUGUGUCUACGCCGAGACCCUGUACGGUUGGGUACGGGGGCGUGUUACACCGGAAGCUGUCGUGUUCCUUGGGAUACCAUACGCCUCACCUCCUGAAAGAUGGAAGCAUUCUCAGCCCCCUCCUCGAUGGGUCGGGGUGUGGGACGCUACAAACACACGUCCCAUGUGUUUACAAGGCGACUGUGGAGUAGGCGACAUCCCUGGAGUGUGCCUUCGACAGAUGUCGGAGGAUUGCUUGUACCUGAACGUAUACGUCCCCCAGGACGCCAGGCCCGGGGGUAACAAGUCCGUGAUGGUCUUCAUCCACGGGGGUGGGUUUGAAUCUUACACUGCUGGCGCGGACAUCUACAACGGAGAACGCUUCGUGAACAAGAGUGACGUCAUAUUGGUCACUCUCAACUAUAGACUGGGGGCGUUGGGAUUCCUUGUAACUGGAAGUGAACCCGGAACAGCCACAGGGAAUUAUGGUAUACGGGAUCAGAGACUUGCUUUGGAAUGGGUCAAAAACAACAUUCUGAAUUUUGGAGGCGACCCUGCUCAGGUCACGAUAUUUGGACAGAGCGCCGGUGCUACCUCUGUCGCCAUCCACCUCACUUCCGGUAAUGCGGAACAUCUAUUCCAGAGGGCGAUUCUUCAGAGCGCACCUUUCAGCAUUCCUUUCAAAACAUACGAACAAGCCCUUGCACAAGGCAAGAGUUUCAGUGAAGCUUUAGGUUGUUCAUCACAAGAUACAGAGUGUAUGAAACAAAAAUCCGCGCUGGAAAUUAUUGACGCUCAGAAAAAGACGUCAACAUCCACCGGAACUGUUCUCCAACGCUUCAUGCCAUGGAUACCACAUUUAGACGGGAACGAGGUUCCCUUGGACUUACAAGCGGCGUUUGAGAGGGGAGUAUUUGUACGGAAACCCGUGAUGAUCGGAACAACAGCCAACGAGGGAACGUCUUACAUAUACAAGUCAUUUCAGGCACCUCUAAGUAGAGGGGCGUUCUCGGCCAUGUUGUUGUUACUUAAGCCUAGACACGCCAUGAACUUUUUCCUCAGGUACUACCCUAGGAGUGUCGCCGACGCAAGGGAGGAAUUCUCACAACUGGCCACGGAUCUUGUGUUCACCUGCCCUACAAGAAAAAUCGCAAGAGAUCUCGAAAGACGAAAUACGACCUGGCUGUACGUGUUUGAUUACCCAUGGCAAUUCCUCAAUGCAAGCCGAUUUGUGCCGUACUGUAGGGGCAAGGCAUGUCACUCCGCUGAAAUUCCGUACCUAUUCCAAUCUGUACAUCGCGGGGGAUUUCAAUUAUCAAUGGAAGAGCAACAGGUCGCUGAUGAACUUUUAAUUUAUUGGACAAAUUUUGCAAAGUUUGAAAAUCCCAAUGGCGACCCGACAGAAGAGGACGUACGGAAUAGAACCCUGUCCUGGCCUCGGUAUUCUUCACGGGGUCCUUUCAGAUUUGCUGGAAUGGUUUUCACGCAGCCUCGAUCUCAAGUUGAACUCGAUUAUUUUGGAGUUGUGUGUAAUGCGUUUGAUCAAAAUGACUUCCGUGCUAGGUGAUGACUACCCAGUAUGGCAUGUGAUGAUUUAAAAUGCUUUUGGCUAAAUACCAAAUAUGUGUAUAUUAUUUAUCUGACAAUGUAUAUAAUGUGGGGUGUAACAGUUUUAUAUUAAACAUUCUACCAUGUUUGCUUUGCAA